GUGCGUACGCCGUGUAGGCCGCCGGCGCCGGGGCGAUGAGGGUGCUGGUGCGGCGCUGCUGGGGCCCAGGGCCGGCCCGCCGCGCCGCGGCCGUGAGGUCGACUCCACAAUGGCGAGCGCUGGUCGGGCUCGGCGUGUCUUCCGGCGGGGAGGAAGGCCUGGGCGCCCGAGCCCGCGAGAAGCCCCCGUGGCGGGUGCUCUUCUUCGGCACAGACCAGUUCGCCGGCGAGGCGCUGCGAGCGCUGCACGCCGCCAGGGAAAACAAAGAGGAAGAAUUAAUAGAAAAAUUGGAGGUGGUUACAGUGCCCUCCCCAUCACUAAAAGGACUGCCAGUGAAGCGUUACGCCGUGCAGUCUGGGCUUCCAGUGUAUGAGUGGCCAGAUGUGGGAUCUGGGGAAUAUGAUGUUGGAGUAGUGGCUUCAUUCGGCCGACUUUUGAGCGAGGCCCUUAUUCUUAAAUUUCCCUAUGGCAUAUUGAAUGUCCAUCCCAGUUGCCUCCCGAGGUGGCGUGGUCCAGCCCCUAUAAUCCAUACAGUCCUCCAUGGAGACACGGUUACUGGAGUGACAAUUAUGCAAAUUAGUCCAAAAAGGUUUGAUGUAGGCCCAAUUCUAAAACAGGAAACGGUCUCUGUGCCACCCAAGAGCACCACAAAGGAAUUGGAAGCAGUGUUAUCAAGACUGGGUGCCAACAUGCUUAUUUCAGUUUUGAAAAAUUUGCCUGAAAGUUUGAACAGUGGAAGGCAGCAGCCAACCGAAGGGGUGACAUAUGCCCCUAAGAUUUCUACUGGUACUAGCUGUAUAAAAUGGGAGGAGCAAACUUCAGAGCAAAUAUUCAGACUUUAUCGUGCCAUUGGAAAUAUAAUGCCUUUGCAGACACUCUGGAUGGAUAAUACCGUUAAAAUUCUGGAUCUGGUGGAAGUUAACAGUUCCAUCCUUGCUGAUCCAAAAUUGAAAGGAUGGGCUCUUAUUCCAGGAUCAGUAAUAUACCACAAACAGUCACAAAUACUGCUGGUCUGUUGCAAGGAUGGCUGGAUUGGUGUUCGCUCAGUGAUGCUCAAGAAAACACUAACAGCGACGGAUUUCUACAAUGGGUAUUUGCACCCCUGGUACCAAAAAAAUUCUCAGGCUCAGCCGAGCCAGUGCAGAUUUCAGACUCUCAGACUGCCAACAAAGAAGCAGCAGAAAAAAAAAAUGGUUGCUAUGCAACAGUGUAUUUAGUUAGGAAGAAGAUGGACAAGAGUCAGUUACAUAUUUAAUUUAUUAAAAGCCUUAUUUACAAGGAAUUACAUUGGGUGGCGUAAACAGUUAAUGCAGUCAGCUGCUAACCAAGGUGUUGGAGGCUCAAGUUAACCCAGAGGCACCUUGGAAGAAAGGCCAGACAAUCUACUUCUGAAAAAUCUGCUUCCGAAAACCUUAUGAAGCACAGUUCUACUCUGAUACACAUGGGGUCACCAUGAGUCACAAUCAACUCAAUGGCAACUGGUUACUAGUUACCUUGAUUUUCAAAGAUGACACUGUUGGAAGAAGAGAUUAUGGUCACUUUUUAACAGUAAUUAAAAGCAGCUUUUUCUACUUGAAUAACAAAAGCAGCUUUAAAUAAAAUUUUUCUUAAUAUCAAAUUCAGGGAGAUUGUAUCUUUCCCUAAGAGCAAGGGCAAGUAACCAGUGUGUUUAUAUAUGUAUUCUCUAGAGAAAUCCUUUUAAAAACAGUACCUGUGUUAAAUUUUUAAAAUCCUAUUUGCCCAUUAGCUAUAUUAGUGUUUUAGAAGUACUUAAUCUGCAUUUCUGAUUUUCAACGAGUAGUUAAAUCAAUUCUUUCUAUUUCUCUACUGUCUAGUUCUCAUCAAGUAGAAAAAAUGAUGUUUAUCUCUGCCACAUUGAUCUGUAUUAUAAAUUCACAUUUUACAUUUAGGUUUUCCUGAGGUAGGAACGUGCUCACAAUUUCAGCUUACUUAGAAAUAAAGGUUAUAGAGCAUCUGGUCUGUGCAAACUCAUCUUCUCUGUCACCAGGGGAGCUGUGCAUUUCUGGAGGAGGAAGGAGGUACCGUGUCCUGCUCUUGACCUGAGAAUCUUUUCAUGUCAGCUUCUUCUGCCCAGAUUCCAUCAGUUGAAAUCUUUCUCCGUGC